CAAGCUUGAGACGAGAAUGUUUGAAGCAGGGUAGAUGGAUGGCUGUUCUAGAUUAGCUGAUCGAUGCGUUGAUUGAGAAACGUGUGUAUGUGUGUGUUCCUUAGUGCCGGGUGCGGCCCCUCGGCAGGUGGAGGUCCGGCCCUUCAACUCCACUGCCCUUAGGGUCACCUGGCGAUCUGUGUUGCCAAGGCAACGCCAAGGUCAGAUCCGUGGUUACCAGGUGCACUAUGCUUGUGUGGAGAGUGGCUCAACACGCAGCCUUCCCCGAAUCAAAGACCUGCUAUUGGACGACAGCCAGUUUGUGGAGGAUGACACUACUGAAUAUGAGAUGAUGGUGGGGGGUCUGAAGCCUGAGAUGUGGUACUCUGUGUCUGUGGCGGCUUACACCACUAAAGGGGAUGGAACACACAGUAAAGUCAGAGUGGUGCAGACACCGGGGAUUGUGCCUGAUGCCCCCUCCCUAUCGGUGCGCCCAGGGUCUGAACCCUCCAUGGUGGUGAGAUGGGGGCCCCCAACUGGGAUGUCAGACUCCGGUCCAGGGGCCAAAGGGUCUGAAGUUCAGAUCCAGGGUUUUCGUUUACAAUUUGGGCUGAAGAAUGCAACCCUGGACACUACGGUGGAGUUUUCGGCCAGGGAGCGAAUGUACACACUCACAGACGUAAUUCCAGGGUUGACUUAUGUCGUUACCCUUUCCGCCAAAAGCCGGUCAGGGUACGGAGACGAGGCACGGGAGGAACUCGAGAUGCCUGAGUACCCACCCAGGAGUUACCCUCAAAUCUCAGAAUACAUUAACGCCACCUGCUGUUCGCUCCAGUUCUCCUGGCUGCCCCCUGUGCCAAGCGAACGAAACGGUGUGAUCACCGAAUACACAAUAGCUUAUCGGGAAGCAGGGGGUCUUAACCCUCUGGGCAUUGACCCUCUGGGCAUUGACCCUCUGGGCAUUGACCCUCUGGGACCCCCUCGCCAGAUCACGCUCCCAGCCAUUGAGUCCAGCUACACCAUUCUGGGCCUGAACCACAACACGGGGUACGAGGUGCAGAUGUGUGCCCACACCAGCGUAGGUCCCGGCCCGUUCAGUCCCCCACUGCUGUAUCGCACACUGGCCUUCGAGACAGGUAGGGCUGGCCUGGGGCCUGGCACAGGGCUCCAGAGAAAUGACCCUAUUCACUCUAAACACUGGUCUAGAGUCAGAUCUUUUCCAUUUUAAUCUGAACCUUGAAUAUCACAGUCCAAAAUGCAAAGCUGACUCUGGGCCAGUUAUAAGGGUAAACUUUCACCCACAGAGGGGUUGAAAACGAGUCCACUGGAAAAAACUGCAAAUCCUAGUCUCUUCCACACACCCACCACCUCCUCCCUCACCUACUCCACACCUACUCCUCACCUCCAAGGAAAACUGACUGAAUGCCACAUGAUUGAA